ACCGCCCUGAUGUCAAAGUGACAGCGCUGACAAGAUGGCGGAGGGAAGCCCAACGAAGUGAAGAGGGCAAGACAAGAAACAUUUGUACCAAACAGUCUCACAGAGACGAUUUCUUUGGUCGCUUUUGUGGGAAGGCGGGCAUUUGUUAUUCGGCGGCUCUUUGAAGGGGUGCGUUAAGAAACAAACAACAAGAGCAAACAGUUCUACUUCUCAAGAGUCCAAGGAGUAAACAGAAGUCUCGUUUGCAGCGGUAGAUUAAUCUGCGGAAGACUUCGCACAUCGAGGACCCGAAGCAGCCUAUCAAGAGGGAAAACGAGCCAGAAAGAGUCGGAGCUCGCUCUGUGUGAAUAAUGUCAAGCAACAUUUCACCGGGCGGCCUAGACGCUUCGUGGAAACUUGCAGCCCCGUGAAUUGUAUGCUCUGCAUUUCCGUGUGUCCGGUUCUUCAGUUAGUUAUGAAAUUAGUAUAUUUUUAAUCUUUCCAUCAAUGUUUUGACACUGUUCAAAAGGAAGACGAGGGUUUGGGGGAACGAGUGAGGUAAUCCAGGGGGACCGGAGGCAGUCUUGAACCGGUGAUUUUGUUUUACAAUUUACCCUAUUUUCUGAGGGACGAGACUUAUUUCAAAAGGAACGGUUUUUAUUUAUUUAUUUUUGUUUUAAAUCGCCACUGGAUGUACAUACGUUCGUUUUUAAAGGAAGAAAUAUUGGAUACUUUAAACGUGUAAGACGUCAUCGGUAUCAUUUUCUUUUUUGCUGGUUUAUAUUGCUUGACGCUAUGGCUCACUCUCCGGUGCAGCCUGGCCUGCCGGGGAUGCAGAAUUUAAAAGCAGAUCCUGAAGAACUUUUUACUAAACUUGAAAAAAUAGGCAAAGGCUCUUUUGGUGAAGUUUUUAAAGGCAUUGACAAUCGGACUCAGAAAGUUGUGGCUAUUAAAAUUAUUGAUUUAGAAGAAGCUGAAGAUGAAAUAGAAGACAUUCAACAAGAAAUUACAGUACUGAGCCAGUGUGAUAGCCCUUAUGUAACCAAGUACUAUGGCUCUUAUCUCAAGGAUACAAAAUUAUGGAUUAUAAUGGAAUAUUUAGGUGGAGGUUCUGCACUGGAUCUGUUAGAGCCUGGCCCUUUGGAUGAAACACAGAUUGCCACAAUUCUCAGAGAAAUUUUGAAAGGACUUGAGUACCUACAUUCCGAAAAGAAAAUACACAGAGAUAUUAAAGCUGCCAAUGUUUUGUUAUCUGAACAAGGAGAUGUCAAACUAGCAGAUUUUGGUGUUGCAGGACAAUUGACAGACACACAGAUAAAGAGGAAUACAUUUGUAGGUACACCUUUUUGGAUGGCACCAGAAGUAAUAAAGCAGUCAGCAUAUGAUUCAAAGGCAGACAUCUGGUCUUUAGGUAUAACAGCAAUUGAACUAGCAAAAGGAGAGCCACCUCACUCUGAAUUGCAUCCAAUGAAGGUUCUGUUCCUGAUCCCAAAGAAUAACCCACCAACACUGGAAGGAAACUACAGCAAACCACUUAAAGAAUUUGUUGAGGCCUGCUUGAACAAAGAACCUAGCUUUAGACCAACAGCAAAAGAGCUCUUGAAGCACAAAUUUAUUGUACGACAUGCCAAGAAAACAUCAUACUUAACAGAGCUCAUAGACAGAUACAAAAGAUGGAAGGCAGAGCAGACCCAUGAUGAGUCAAGUUCAGAGGAAUCAGAUUCAGAGCAAGAUGGACAAGCAUCUGGUGGUAAUGAUCCUGGAGACUGGAUUUUUACAAUCAGAGAAAAGGAUCCCAAAAAACUACAGAAUGGUGCUGCACAACCAGAGGAAUUAGAAAGAAAUAAGGUACAAGACAUUCCAAAGAGGCCUUUGUCACAGAGUUUGUCAACGAUUUUUUCUCCAUUGUUUGCUGAGUUAAAAGAGAAAAAUGAAGCCUGCAGUGGUAAAACAGAGGCAGUUGAACAAUUGCGAGAAGCAAUUUUCUUAGUAGAAGAACCAUGCCCUGGAAUUUGUGAUUUAAUGGUAUCAGAACUAAUACAGAGAAUUCAAAGAUUCUCAAUUGGUGGGCCGUCACCUUCAUCCCAGUGAACAUUCUUCCCCAGAUGUUGACACCUUGCUGUCUGUUUUCAAGAGGUGCUCUUAUUACUGAUAUACCAGAAAUGCCACAGUGAAGACAGGAGCUCUCUAUGUGCAGGGCAGAACAUUCUUAAGCAAGCAACAGCCAACAUGAAGUCUCUCGGAAGAACUGUCAUUCUACAGCUGCUUAAAGCAAAAGAUUCUUAUGUAUUUGUUUUAGUUAAUGUCGUAGUGCACAUAUUAAAGGGUAGGGGAUCAUUUACAAGAUUUUGUUUUUUGUUUUUUUAAGGUUUAGCCCUCCCCCCAUUGUGAUUUAGUACCAGGAUUCCUUCAUGUGGAUCUUCACUGGUAUCCAGCUGAUGUAAAAGGUAGAUUUGUAGGUAAACUAAAAUACGUUUUAGCUUUCCCAGCCUUUACAGUAUGUUUCACCAUCAGUCGUAGUAUUUUUGAGUAAAGAAGAAAUAUUCAUCAAUAGUUUUUGAUUGUAAGCAGGCCUAAUUAAAGUGCUUAUUCCACAGUUCCCUGGGUUUACAAAUUACAAAUCUGCCAUGAAGUCUCAACUGCUCAAAGUAUGGACAGCUGGAAACAAAGAGUUUCUUUUGAAAUCCUGGAUGGAAAAUUUUGUGACUGCUAAGAAAAUUGCUCCAAUUUUUGAAACCUCAGGUAUUUUGCUUUAGGUCAAAUUAAACCUCUGGGAGACGGAAUAAUUUCUGUUGGAUGAGUGUAAAAAUGUGUAUAUAGAGUAAUUUUUACUUAUAUUGAGAUAUUUGGGUGUGCAUAAUGGAAUCACUGUGUUAAAAAGGGGCAAGUGCUUCUGUAGAUACUGUUAGUAGAGGAGAAUCUUGAGAAACAAACCAACACACAAAAGUAAGGCCAUAACUGAGCAUUGCCUUGAAUUGAUCACAUGUACAUUUUGGAUAUAAAAGGACCCUCUCACCCCCGGAUUUUGAUGUUGAAGGAAGAGUUCAUACUUCAACAGAAAGGAAGCGUGACAGAACGGUGUUUUUAUGUUCAUCUUUGUUUAACGCUCUUUUAAGUCAUAAAGGGUUUGUGUUUUUUUUUUUUUGGUUUUUUUGAUCUGCAAGUCUGUUGUCCUCAGCCACGUGACUGUUGAGAUGAAGAGCCACUUUUUGUUCCAUUUCCAGCCAAAUUUUGUAAUCACUUAGCACACACAGAGUAGUGCAAAGCAACUGUGAGGGAAAUGCAAAUAUUGCCAAUUCUGAAAUAUGUUUUACCUUUUUUUUUUAAUAGAUUUGGUACGAUGGUGGCAUAAAAUUUAAGGAAAGAAAUCCUGUACAUACUGUUUGUGCCGUGUACUACUUUAACAACAUAAAACUGGUCUUUUACAAAUAACUGCUUUAAAUACGCCAACCUAUUGGUGUAUUCCCUUUUUUAUUUCUAAGUUUGCUGUGAUUUUUGUUUUCUCCACCAUUCUUCGGGUAAUUCAGUUUUGAAAGUGAUUCUUCAAGAGUGGUUGAAAACUUACCAUGGAAUAUUUUAAUAAAGAUUAUUUUUAAAAGCAGCUAUGCUGCUAAAUGCUGCUGUAGUUUUCUGAUUUAUUUUUGUUUUGUUCUGGCUAAAUGUCAUCUACUGAGAUUUGAUUAGCACAUUUAGAGAUCCACAUUUGAUAAUCUUAAGUUUGUUGGACUUAAUUAGACAAAUGAUUUAACUAAGUUUUCAAUUGUUUUGAUCCUGCAAAUCAUAGCGUGUCUGAUUUUAAUUGUUCAAGUAUGUGGAGCCUGUUGUGAAUCUGAAGCACUAUUUCUUUAAAAUACAACACCAUCACUCGAAACUUCAGUGUGGCAUGAUGGAGGCACAAAAUUCCAGUCUUUUCUUGACGUUACUUCUUCCCUGCUUGUUCCACAUAGCAGACUGCGCGACAAGGAUACGCUAUCAGAUUAGCGCAGGCCCGCACUCGUCUUCUGUAGUGAACGUUAGUUAGCUUUGCAGGAAUGAAGAAGUCAGCAUAGAUUAUUAUAGCAAUAAUUGUGAUCUGUGAAGCGUAGCCUUUGUCCACAUCGCACCCUCCUCUAGCACUCGUUCGUUCCGUUUCGCCACACUGCUAAUUCUGCUCUCAGUUUCUUGGCCGAUCAUUUGAUCCGAGUUCGACCUCUUGGACCCACUCGUCAUCCACUUUAUUUUUUAAAACACUUAAGGGCAUUAAAAAGGCACUUUACAUAUUCUAGAGAAAAUCUGCAGUCCUGAUCAGAGAAACCUUUACUUGAGUGUAUUUUUAAACAACAAACUAGAAAAAGCACAGAGUGUACAGGGUGCUAGUGUUUCUUAUUUAUGGCUCUUCUGCAUUCAUCUAGGUUUGUUUCAAAUGGAACGAGGUGGUCUUCAGUGCUGAAUCCCUAAACGAUUCGCUGGUGUCUGUGCUCUCGUGCCUGUGUUGGUCUUCACGAAAGUGCGGAUUGAGCACAAGAGACACGGUGCCCUCAUUUGAACCUUUUAAAGGGCCUUUUAAGACCCCCAGCCCAGUUGACAGGAACCUUCUGUUUUCCACCUUUGAUGUUCAGUUGAGAUUUGAUGCGUUUCCGUGUCUCCUUUUGUAACAGACUCCAGUUUGUAGUUCAUCUCCUGUUUUCCAGGUGACAAAAGUGCCAUACUUUUUUUUUUUAUUUUAUUUUAUUUAAAUCCCAUCUUUUUUAUACUUUGCACCUUGUUUAGUUUGUCCACUUAAUAUCUGUGUUGCACUUUCUACAAGUUUUUGGAUGUUUUAAAAUUUGGUACUCAAGGCCAUAAUUUUAUGUUAUUUUUUUUUUCUACUCUCAUUACUGUACCUUUGCAGAAAUGGCAAUAAAAGUAGUGAAAUCAUCAGAAUAUAUUCUUCAGCACAGGUAUUGUAGGGAUAAAUCAAUGAAUAAAAAAAAAAUCCAAUAUUUUUGUAACUGUAUAAAGAGCAAGUAAUGCAGUAAAAUAUCUGGGUCUCUGAUGUUUAUUAUUAAUGAUGGGAUUCUUAUUCCAGAUGCUAAUUAAGAUGUGUAAAUUUCAUUUUCUGUAACAUUGCUGACAGUUUAUAGUCCUGUAUAUAAUCCUUGCUUAUGUCAUUAAACAGAAAGGUAUUGAAUUUCUUGUAAGCUUUCAAGUGAUUAAGGAAAUAAAGUUUAAUGCAAAUUUA